AUGUCAAUGACUCGUUGACGUUACGUUGUCACACACUUCUUGUCAAGUGGGUAGAGAAGCAAUAAUAAAAAGUUAAAAACACGUCGACUGGAAAGCUCUUGAGAUAAUAGUAAUUCUUAAUUAAACAUGUUAAGAUAUAGAGGUAAAAAGAAAGUUAUUGACCGAGUGAAGGAGCUAGACGCUUUUCCUAAAGUGCCGGAAGAAUACGUGGACAGUACUCCCGUAGGCGGUACUUUUUCAGUUAUCGCCUUUUUUAUAAUUAUGUGGCUGAUAUACAGUGAAGUUUCCUAUUAUUUAGACAGUAAUUUAGUGUUCAAAUUCAUGCCAGAUAUUGAUAUGGACGAAAAACUACGAAUAAAUAUAGAUAUGACGGUUGCAAUGCCUUGCUCAAACAUUGGAGCUGAUAUUUUGGAUUCUACCUCACAAAGUGUGUUCGGUUUCGGAGAAUUACAAGAGGAGGAUACGUGGUUCGAGCUUACCCAGGAGCAACAAGACGCGUUCGAUGCUGUGAAGUACUUAAACUCCUACCUCAGAGAAGAGUACCACUCCAUAUGGCAAUUGUUGUGGAAAAAAGGCCAUGGGUCUGUUCGAGCGACGAUACCAGCUCGAAAGUCAAAGCCUAACCGCCGCCCUGACGCAUGUAGACUUCAUGGUGUGCUAACACUGAAUAAAGUUGCCGGAAACUUCCAUGUAACUGCAGGAAAAAGUUUACAUUUACCAAGAGGCCACAUACAUUUAAACAUGCUCUUUGAUGAUACUCCACAGAACUUUAGCCAUAGAAUACACCGUCUGAGCUUUGGUAGUCCUGCCAAUGGAAUUAUAUACCCUUUAGAAGGAGAUCUAAAAAUCACUCAAGACGAGAAUAUGCUGUACCAGUAUUUUAUUGAAGUUGUCCCAACUGAUGUGGACACUGCAUUUGAAACUAUAAAAACAUUUCAGUACUCAGUUAAAGAACUAGAAAGACCAAUCAGUCAUUCUCGAGGAUCCCACGGAGUACCUGGAGUAUUCUUUAAAUAUGACAUGGCCGCAUUAAAAGUCAAAGUUUAUCAAGAAAGAGAAAAUAUAUUACAAUUUACUUUGAGACUGUUCUCCAUUAUUGGAGGUAUAUACAUAGUACUUGGUUUUAUGAAUACAAUCGUUUUAGCUGUAAGAACUAACUUUUUAAAGAAGGCUGCACCGAAUGUCAGUCAGAAGCAACCUUAUGAAGCUAAGACGCGACCGCAGACCAAUCCGUUGUUGGUCACACCAGAUCUAAGUGUUCCACUAGAACUAGUGCGACCCUGAUAGUAAAUGAAUGAAUAGUCAUAGGAUCUAAAUAUGAAUCUUAUUCUAGUAUUGUAUAUAAGAAAUCUAAGUAUUUGUUUUCCAGUGUAAUCGAAUUUGCAUCAAUUUUUAUUAUUUAUUGUUUCUGUUGCAUUUUUAUUGCCUUCAAUUAUUGCACUCCACUGUUAACUAAGAUUGCUGAUAAGUUAAGUAGACAUAUUUUUACACGAUUUUUAUAUAUUAAUUGAGAUUAUUUUAUAUUAUUGUUAAAUUGGAUUUUUCUAAAUUAUGUAAUUUAUGUCUGACCAAUUUAUUUUGUAUAGUUUUAAUUGCUUUUAACUUUAAUUAUACAUUAUUAUCUAAAUUUAUUUUUUAUGCCAUCGAAAGUUACUUUAUUAUUCUUUGACUAGAUCUAUUGUUUUCUUCCACCCAAAUAUAAGACUGAAGAUAACACUCCUAUAUGCAAUGAGUUUGUAAAAUUAGUCCUUGUUACAACAUGGAUUUGGACACUACAUAAUGAAUGAGUCAUAAUUCUUUGUAAUACACUUAAUUGGCGGAAAACAUCUGGGUCGAUAAUGUUCAAUAAAAUAAUGUUUUACA